AUGAGGGACCAUGCCAGCACCAGCACCACCGGUGUGAUGUUAACGAAUGGUUCUGUGAUGGAGAAUGACAGCACCGGUGUGAUGUUAACGAAUGGUUCUGUGAGGGAGAAUGACAGCACCGGUGUGAUGUUAACGAAUGGUUCUGUGAGGGAAUAUGACAGCACCGGUGUGAUGUUAACGAAUGGUUCUGUGAGGGAAUAUGACAGCACCGGUGUGAUGUUAACGAAAUGUUCUGUGAGGGAGAAUGACAGCACCGGUGUGAUGUUAACGAAUGGUUCUGUGAGGGAGAAUGACAGCACCGGUGCGAUGUUAACGAAUGGUUCUGUGAGGGACAAUGACAGCACCGGUGUGAUGUUAACGAAUGGUUCUGUGAGGGAAUAUGACAGCACCGGUGUGAUGUUAACGAAUGGUUCUGUGAGGGAAUAUGACAGCACCGGUGUGAUGUUAACGAAUGGUUCUGUGAGGGAGAAUGACAACACCGGUGUGAUGUUAACGAAUGGUUCUGUGAGGGAGAAUGACAGCACCGGUGUGAUGUUAACGAAUGGUUCUGUGAGGGAAUAUGACAGCACCGGUGUGAUGUUAACGAAUGGUUCUGUGAGGGAGAAUGACAGCACCGGUGUGAUGUUAACGAAUGGUUCUGUGAGGGAGAAUGACAGCACCGGUGUGAUGUUAACGAAUGGUUCUGUGAGGGAAUAUGACAGCACCGGUGUGAUGUUAACGAAUGGUUCUGUGAGGGAGAAUGACAGCACCGGUGUGAUGUUAACGAAUGGUUCUGUGAGGGAGAAUGACAGCACCGGUGUGAUGUUAACGAAUGGUUCUGUGAGGGAGAAUGACAGCACCGGUGUGAUGUUAACGAAUGGUUCUGUGAGGGAGAAUGACAGCACCGGUGUGAUGUUAACGAAUGGUUCUGUGAGGGAGAAUGACAGCACCGGUGUGAUGUUAACGAAUGGUUCUGUGAGGGAGAAUGACAGCACCGGUGUGAUGUUAACGAAUGGUUCUGUGAGGGAGAAUGACAGCACCGGUGUGAUGUUAACGAAUGGUUCUGUGAGGGAGAAUGACAGCACCAUCGUGAUCUUAACGAAUGGUUCUGUGAGGGAGAAUGACAGCACCGGUGUGAUGUUAACGAAUGGUUAUGUGAGGGAGAAUGGCAUCACCGGUGUGAUGUUAACGAAUGGUUCUGUGAGGGACCAUGGCAGCACCGGUGUGAUGUUAACGAAUGGUUCUGUGAGGGAGAGUGACAGCACUAGCGUGAUGUUAACGAAUGGUUCUGUGAGGGAGAAUGACAACACCGGUGUGAUGUUAACGAAUGGUUCUGUGAUGGAGAAUGACAGCACCGGUGUGAUGUUAACGAAUGGUUCUGUGAGGGAGAAUGACAGCACCGGUGUGAUGUUAACGAAUGGUUCUGUGAGGGACCAUGACAGCACCGGUGUGAUGUUAACGAAUGGUUAUGUGAGGGAGAAUGACAGCACCGGUGUGAUGUUAACGAAUGGUUCUGUGAGGGAGAAUGACAGCACCGGUGUGAUGUUAACGAAUGGUUAUGUGAGGGAGAAUGACAGCACCGGUGUGAUGUUAACGAAUGGUUAUGUGAGGGAGAAUGACAGCACCGGUGUGAUGUUAACGAAUGGUUCUGCGAGCGACCAUGGCAGCACCGGUGUGAUGUUAACGAAUGGUUCUGUGAGGGACCAUGGCAGCACCGGUGUGAUGUUAACGAAUGGUUCUGUGAGGGAGAAUGACAGCACCGGUGUGAUGUUAACGAAUGGUUCUGUGAGGGAGAAUGACAACACCGGUGUGAUGUUAACGAAUGGUUAUGUGAGGGAGAAUGGCAUCACCGGUGUGAUGUUAACGAAUGGUUAUGUGAGGGAGAAUGGCAUCACCGGUGUGAUGUUAACGAAUGGUUAUGUGAGGGAGAAUGACAGCACCGGUGUGAUGUUAACGAAUGGUUCUGUGAGGGAGAAUGACAGCACCGGUGUGAUGUUAACGAAUGGUUAUGUGAGGGAGAAUGACAGCACCGGUGUGAUGUUAACGAAUGGUUCUGCGAGCGACCAUGGCAGCACCGGUGUGAUGUUAACGAAUGGUUCUGUGAGGGACCAUGGCAGCACCGGUGUGAUGUUAACGAAUGGUUCUGUGAGGGAGAGUGACAGCACCAGCGUGAUGUUAACGAAUGGUUCUGUGAGGCAGAAUGACAGCACCAGCGUGGUGUUAACUAAUGGUUCUACGAGGGAGUAUAGCAGCACCAGCGUGAUGUUUACGAAUAGUUCUGUAAGGGAGCGUGACAACACCAGCGUGAUGUUAAUGAAUGAUUCUGUAAGUUGA